GCCUGUCAGUCGGUCAUUAAAACGCUAGCGCCGACCCCACCAUCCCCACCACAACCUACCGGCGAACCCGAAUAGCCCAAGCACCUCUCGACUCACAGCACAAUACCACCAUCAAUGGCCGACUCCCCUCAACCACCUGCGGUUCAGCCCGCUGUUUUACCGCAUAAAGAAGUCGAUGUUCCCGCUGCCGCCGCCGAUGCGGCCGCUGCGACGAAAGGUCAAAACAUUACGCCGUGGGACGUGCAGGGCGAGGUGCUUGAAGACGGAAAGGUCGCUGCGAUCGACUAUGACAAGCUCAUCAACCAGUUUGGCACGAAGCGUAUCUCUCCGGAGCUCCUGGAGCGCUUCGAGAAGGUCACCGGUCACCGUCCUCAUGUCCUGCUUCGGCGGAGCAUGUUUUUCUCCCACCGCGACUUCGAGAGGAUCCUCGACCGCUACGAGGCGGGAAAGCCGUUCUUUCUCUACACCGGUCGCGGUCCCAGUAGUGACAGCAUGCACCUUGGACACAUGAUUCCCUUCCAGUUUACCAAGUGGCUUCAAGACGUUUUCGACGUACCGCUCGUCAUCAUGCUUACGGACGACGAGAAGUUCCUUUUCAAGCAACAACUCACUAUUCCGGACGUCAAGAAGUUUACGCGACAGAAUGCAGCUGACAUCAUUGCUGUGGGUUUCGAUGUUAAGAAGACCUUUAUCUUCAGCGACUUCGACUUCAUGGGCGGCGCUUUUUACGAGAACGUGGUCAAAGUCUCUCGUUGUAUCACUACCAAUCAGGCCAAGAGCACUUUUGGCUUUACGGAUGCUGACAACAUUGGAAAGCUCCACUUCGCUUCAAUCCAAGCCUCCACCUCCUUCGCUACGACCUUUCCCCAUAUCUUCGGUACCCACAGCAGUGUCCGCGACAUUCCCGCUUUGAUUCCCUGCGCCAUCGACCAAGACCCUUACUUCCGCCUAUGCCGUGAUGUAGCACAGCGCCUGAAAUACCAGAAGCCUUCUUUGAUCCACUCGCAAUUCUUCCCAGCGCUCGGAGGCCCAGGCUCCAAGAUGUCGGCGUCAAUUGAUUCUUCCGCCAUCUUCAUGUCCGAUACCGCCAACCAAAUCAAGAAGAAAAUCAACAGAUACGCUUUCUCCGGUGGCCAGGAAACUGCCGAGGAACACAGGCGGCUGGGUGGAAAUCCUGAUGUCGAUGUGCCGUUCCAAUUCUUGUCGUUCUUUUUGGACGAUGACGAAGAGUUGGAGACGUUGCGGACGACAUACAAGAGCGGCGAGCUUUUGACUGGCGAAAUGAAACAGCGCUGUAUUGCUGUGCUGCAAGAGUACGUUGGUGGUUUCCAGGCUAGACGGAAACAGGUGACUCCUCAGAUGAUUGAUGAGUUCAUGGACUGCAAGCGUCCGCUGGUCUGGGUGCAGGGGAAAAAGGAGGAGAAGAAGGUGGAGGUCGAGGUAAGGAACUAGAAGGGCUUUAGCUGGUGAAUACGGGGGAGUACUUUCUUUUUUCGGUGGCUAAAGCGAGUGAGAAGUUUUGAAGACUUAGUACGGUUUUCCUAUAUCCAGCUUAGCGUCCUAGACACACUUUACGAUUCCGAGUGGUUAUUUGUGAAGUGUACUCUCAGUCACGUGCGAGCUAGCCAAGCCUUAAGCUGCUGCGCGCCCGCGA